GCCAAGUCACCACCACCACGAUAUUCGAUGUCUUUAUAAAAGCGGAAGGAAGUUGGUGAUCAAGAUCAGUCACAUCAAUUAUUGCGAGGCAGAAGCAAGAUGAAGGGCGCAAUCUUAAUAUUAGGCGGAAGCCUGCUCUUACUGGGAUGUGCCCAUGCUGGUGGAGGUGGUGCUGGGGCUAGUGGCGGAAAUGUCGGCAAUGGAGGCGGUGAGUACACGACAAGUCCACUCUUCUCCUUCCAAGUUGGCGAUGUCGGGGAUGAUGCAUAUGGAUCCGGACCAAGCAAACCUAAAGGAUUCUUAGCCUCAUUGUUCAGUGGACUCACGGGUGGUGGAUUUAGAGGAAGAGGAGCAGGAUUCGGUGGAGGACAUUCCGGUGGCGUUGGAUCGCCAGGGUCCUACUCAGCCGGUCCUUCUGGCUCGUCAUCUUCCAGCAGCGGCGAAGGUGGCUCUGGCCGUCCAAGUGACAACCCUCUCGGACCUGGGGCUGACCCUGGACCCCUCAACUACCCCUCGAUCAUGUCGUCGUCGUCAUCCAACAACAAUGCCCAACAGCCACAACAACCCAACGCGCUCCUCCUCACAUCUCAAGGCUCGUCGUCCGGUCUUUCAGUCCCUGGAGGGUUAAGGCCGUCGUCACCGAGUAAUAAUAUUUUGGGCAGUAGUGUGAGUCAGUCUAUUUCUUCCGGUGGUGCUGGUGGUCCACAAUCCUCAUUUAGCUCUGUGCCUGGACCCUCGUCGUCUUCCUCCUCUGCUGGACAGAUGUCAUCAUUCGUGGGGACAGGACCCGGUGGUGAUGCAACAAUUAACGACAUAUUCGGUCCAAGCGAAGGCUACAAACCUGGCCCACCUCCUGGAUUCGGCGGAGGACGGCCAUUUCGACGAGGUCCACCACGGCCUAGAUUCCCAGCCAUGUUCUCCUGGGGUGACGCCAGCCCUCCACGUCGACCCCCUCCAGCAAAACAACUGCACCAGCCUCUCCAUUCGUACAAGGGGGCUGCCUCUGAAUCUAUCCCAGUCCGAAUUGGCAGUGCGAUCAUGGGUCUCUUUGGAGGCGGGCAGCAGCCACAGCAGCAACAACGACCCCAACAAGCCCAGGAUGCAGCCUCGUUCUCCAACUAUUACAGCGUCCCACCCCAGGCAAACGUUUCCCCUCAGGUGACCUCGUCGUUUUCAUCGCCAUCAUCACCAUCGAGUCCUGUGAGCAGUGGGAUUCAGGGCCAGGCGUCUCAAUUUCUCCCACAACAGAGUGCCCCCACCCUUGCCUCUCAACCUGGUCUCCCAUUCCCCUCCCUCGUCCAAACAUAUCAAAGAGGGCCACCCCACAACCACUACCAGUCUCCACCCCCCAGGCAUGCCUACUACUAAAUAAAGAAAUAAGCACAUGAGGACAACAAAUACGAAAUAGCAUCAUCGUGGUCACAAGAAUGACAUGCUGUUGACUCUCUCAGAUUAAAAAAAUUGGGCUGUGCUAUAUUUUAAUGAAAUCGAGACUGAUUAGUUAACCAACUCUCAACUCGCAGGCAGUCCAAAUAGUCUUGUUAAUAUUAUUUUGUUGGUUUUGUUUUUAUGUAGGAAAUGAAAUAAAUAAGUUGAUCUUCGAGUCAAUA